CGUGCUAAAAUAUCAUACCACGCUGCGUACUUGUAUUAUCUAUAUCGCAAGCAACAACCGCACACGAGUCGAUCGUCCUUCCCUCGCCGUUUUGUGCACCGAGCAAGCGACACAAGUCUCGAGAACGUUGUUCGCGAAAGCGUCGUACUUACUUUACAAAGCAAAAUGAAGUACAUCUUGGUGACGGGUGGUGUUAUCAGUGGUGUCGGCAAGGGUGUCAUUGCCAGCAGCUUCGGCACGAUCCUCAAGUCCUGCGGCAUACACGUUACAUCAAUCAAGAUCGACCCCUACCUAAACAUCGAUGCUGGCACCUUCUCGCCGUACGAGCACGGCGAGGUCUACGUUCUGGACGACGGUGGCGAGGUAGAUCUCGAUCUUGGCAACUACGAGAGAUUCCUCGAUGUCAUUUUGCACAAAGACAAUAACAUCACUACAGGUAAAAUUUAUGAAAAUGUCAUCAGAAAGGAACGAAAAGGUGAUUAUCUGGGUAAAACUGUACAAGUAGUACCACAUAUUACUGACGCUAUUCAAGAAUGGGUUGAAAAAAUAGCCAACCGACCAGUGACAGAUGAUGGAAAAAUUCCAGAAGUGUGCAUUAUUGAAUUAGGAGGAACUAUUGGAGAUAUUGAAGGAAUGCCUUUUGUUGAAGCUUUUCGCCAAUUUCAAUUUAAAGUAAAGAAAGAUAAUUUUUGCGUUGCUCAUGUAUCCCUAGUACCAUCCCCAAAAUCAACUGGGGAGGCAAAAACUAAACCGACACAAUCAAGUGUUAGAGAACUUCGUGGCCUUGGAUUAUCUCCAGAUUUGAUAAUUUGUAGAUCUGAAAAACCUAUUGGAGACUCAGUUAAAGAAAAAAUCUCCAACUUUUGUCACGUUGGACCUGAGCAAGUUAUCACAAUCCAUGACUUAUCUUCAAUUUAUCGAGUUCCUCUAUUAAUGGUAGAUCAAGGAGUAAUACAUUACUUAAAUGAUAGACUGAAAUUGAAUAUCCCAAUUCCUCUUCCACUAGGAUUUAUGAGUACAUGGCAGAACUUAGCAAAUAGAGUUGACCAUUUAAGAGAUCCUGUUCAUAUUGCAUUGGUAGGAAAAUAUACUAAACUUGAAGAUGCUUAUGCUUCAGUAACAAAAUCUCUCCAACAUGCUGCUAUCAAGGUUGGGUUCAAAUUGGUUGUUGAAUUCAUUGAUGCCAUGAGCUUAGAAGAACAAGCAAAAACUGCAGAUCCAGUAGCCUAUCACGAGGCAUGGAAAACACUGUGCAGCACAAAUGGAGUUGUUGUACCUGGUGGUUUUGGGGAAAGGGGUAUUAAUGGCAAAAUGGAAGCUGUUACAUGGUGCCGGGAACAUAAUAUACCAUUCUUAGGAAUUUGUUUAGGACUUCAAGCUGCAGUAAUGGAAUUUUCAAAAAAUGUUCUCAAAUUAGAUGAUGUCAAUAGUAUGGAAUUUGCUCCUGAUUGUAAAAAUCCUGUAGUCAUUGACAUGCCUGAACAUAAUAAAGGUGACAUGGGUGGUACCAUGAGAUUGGGCAAAAGAGCUACAAGAUUUGUUACAGAUAAAUCUGUGUUGCGUCAGCUGUAUGGAAAUGUUGAAUUAAUUGAAGAGAGACACAGACAUAGAUAUGAAGUGAACCCAAAAUAUGUAUCAGAUUUAGAGGCUGCGGGUCUAAAAUUUGUUGGGCGAGAUGAAGAUAACAUAAGAAUGGAAAUUGUGGAAUUAGAAGGACAUGAUUACUUUGUUGCAACACAAUUUCAUCCUGAGUAUACAUCAAGACCAAUGACUCCCUCACCACCAUUUUUAGGAUUAAUUUUAGCCAGUGUUAAAAAAUUGAAGUCUUAUUUAGCUAAGGGUUGUAGAUUAUCUCCAUCAUUGCUGCUAAGUGAUGAUUCAGACGAAGGAUCAUUAGAAUAUUUUGCCAAUGGCCUAAAUAAGGAGUUAGUAGUACCAGGUGGCGUAUAAUUUUAUGACAUGAAACUUAUGCAAGAUUAAUUCAAACAAAAAUUAUUAAGAUAGUUAUUUUUCUAUUAUUUUUGUAUGUUUAUUAUAUCAAUUUAAUACAUUGUUUUUAUGAAACUCUCAUUUUGAGUGAAUCAAGUUUUGAAUGAAAAAAUAUCAUUUAAUAACAGCUUGCAAAGAUCUGUACAAAUUGCAAUGUAAGAUUGUAAAUAAGAAAAGGGAGUUUUGACAUCUUUUUUAAAAACCAAAUAUUUUUGUGAUCAACAAAUGUAAUUAAAAAUAAUGUAGACAUUUUUCAUAAGGAUUAUUUAAAUUCAUUGAAAAAAAAUGUAAUCAAAUUUCUAUCAAUCUUUAAUCAACUUGAGUUAUUUUGACUUGUAAAAAAAAAUGAUUUGAAAAUAAAAAAAGAAACAAUCAUAAAGCUGUAA